AUGGAGUCCAUGAUGAGUCAACUAAUUGUUAGGGACCAAACCACUCAAAAGACCCUUAGUGAACACGAUCUCAUGCUUAAGAACCACCAAGCCUCCUUCCAAGAUCUUCAACGAGUCGUAGGGGAUAUGUCUAGAAAAUUAGAGGAGAGGCUACCCGGUCAGUUUGCGGGUUACACCCAACCCAAUCCCAAUGCCCAUGCUAAAGCCAUUACCACUCGUAGUGGCAAGACCGUAGGUAACCCUAGCGUCGAGGAGAGAGUAGUAGAUGAAGAGGGAGAUGUGAUUGAUGAGGAGAUCGAAAUGGAGGCUCCCGGCAAAGUGCAAAAGAGGCUAAGCCCAGCAAGUACCGCACAGCCCGGUGAGUCCCAAAGUGAGAAGAAAGUUGAGAGAACCCCAAUAGACGUUAGACCUUCACCCUUGGUGAACCAUGCGUAUGUUCCGUUUCCCUCACGCCUUAAAAACCAAAAAUACUCUAGGGAGUACGGACAGUUUUUGGACAUCUUCAAGCAAUUGAAGAUUAACCUUCCAUUUAUAGAGGCACUCCAAUCAAUGCCCAAAUACGCGAAGUUCUUGAAAGACCUCCUUAGGAACAAAGAGAAAUUAGGAGAGUUGUCUAACGUGCCGUUGAAUGGGGGAUGUUCCGCCGUUGUGUUAAAUAAGCUUCCCGAAAAGCUUACCGAUUCGGAUAUUUUUACCAUUCCUUGUCUAUUCGGUAGUAAUACCAACACUCGAGCCUUAGCCGACUUAGGUGCUAGCAUCAAUUUGAUGCUCUUUUCUCUUUAUGAGAAGCUAGACCUAGGAGAGCUUGCACCUACCCGAAUGACAUUAUCCUUAGCCGAUCGGUCCGUUAAGUACCCUAGGGGUAUAGUUGAGAACUUGCUAGUUAAGGUAAACAAAUUCGUGUUUCCCGCCGAUUUCGUAAUCUUAGAUAUGGAAGCGGAUGAGAGAGUCCCCAUUAUCCUAGGUCGUCCUUUCUUACGUACCGCCAAAUCACUCAUAGAUGUCUACGAUGGUAAGAUCACCCUUAGGGUAGGUGAGGAGAGAGUUACUUUUGAGAUAGACCAUUCCAUGAACCACCCGAGUGGUUCGGAUGACUAUAGUGGUCCUUGCCAUUCCGUCUACUUUUUGAACUCGUUUAUCUCGAGAGAAGGUAGAAAAGGAGGUGAAGUUGAAGAGGAAGGGAUUCCUUUAAUCCUCGAUGUGUUAGCGGUUAGUGAUGACACCACCCAACCCCCACCCUUAGAACUUAAGGUACUUCCAUCUCAUCUAGAGUAUGCUUUCUUAGGGGAGGGUUCCGAGCUACCCGUUAUUAUUUCAUCCGAGUUAGAGGAGAGUGAGAAAGUGAGGUUGUUAGAUGUGUUGAGGGCCAACAAAGAGGCCAUUGCACGGAGGUUGUCCGACAUUAAGGGCAUAAGCCCUUCCUAUUGCACCCACCGGAUACUCAUGGAGGAUGAUUAUAAACCGGUGGUGCAACCCCAAAGGAGGCUUAACCCCAACAUGCAAGAUGUAGUGAAAAAGGAGGUUCUUAAACUCUUAGAUGCGGGGAUGAUAUAUCCCAUUUCAGAUUCACCUUGGGUUAGUCCCACUCAGGUUGUCCCCAAGAAGGGGGGAUGA